UUCCCGCUAAACAUGCCGUUCGUUGAGCUGGACACGAGCUUGCUCGCCAGCCGCGUGCCCCCGGGGCUGGAGAAGCGGCUCUGCGCGGCCACUGCUGCCAUCCUGAACAAGCCUGAGGACCGCGUGAACGUGACGGUGCGGUCCGGCCUGGCCAUGGUGGUGAAUGGCUCGGCGGAGCCCAGCGCCCAGCUGCUCGUCUCCUCCAUCGGUGUGGUGGGGACCGCCAAGGAGAACCAUGGCCACAGCGCACGCUUCUUCGAGUUCCUCACCAAGGAGCUGGACCUGGCCAAGGACCGGAUAAUUAUCCGCUUUUUCCCCUUGGAGUGCUGGCAGAUUGGCAAGAAGGGGACAGUCAUGACCUUUUUAUGAUUGGCAUGUAGGGCAUCCAGGGCCUCUGAGCUGACAGCCCUUCCAGAGAGGCUACCUGGCAGUGAGGGCCUGGUGGACACCAGCUUCUGGCACCUCCAUGUGGUUCUCCUCCCCAUCCUCACAAGAAAUAAAUGAGCUUUGUCUCAAAAAAAAAAAAAAAAAAAAAUUCCUGAAUCACUAAUGAAGCAGCCCUGGGGUUAGUGAGAACAGAAGAGAGGUUCUUUGAUAAAAUCUCUGAACAGUUUCAACAAAACCGAACACCUGAGAAUAAAAAGAAAGCCCUAACUCUCUAAAUACUUUUCCUGGAAAUUUAGAAAAGCAGUUGGUUGAUGCCAAACUCUUCCUUUUCUGUUUUUAACCUUUCCAUUAUCUAUCAGUGCUUUUUAAUGUUUAUGACUCAGAGGAAAACGAAAGACAUUAGGGUUGAUUGAUUUGAGGUAAAUCUAUACAUAUUGCAUGCCAUGAAACCUAUGUUCAAGGACUUUCAAAAGUCAGAAGAUCAAAUUGCCGCCACAAAGUGUUUUGAACUUCUAAUCACAUGUUGAAGCAAAGAGAGGGCUGAGAUUUUUGUAGAAGCUCCAAUCAUUGUGACAAUUCAACCUGGAUCAAGGUAUUUGGUGAAGGAACUAAGCUCGUAGUAAUACCUCCUGAUAGAAGGCUUGAUGGAGACUUAUCUCCCAAGCCCACUAUAUUUUUUCCUUCAGUUGAGGAAGUAAAACUCCAUGGGGCUGGAACACAUCUUUGCCUUCUUCAGAAUUUUUUCCCUGAUGCUAUUAAGAUACAAUGGAAAGAAAAGAAUGUCAAUAAAAUUCUGGAAUCUUAUCAGGGAAAUAUCAUCAAGACUAAUGACACAUACAUGAAAUUCAGCUGGCUAACCUUGACUAAAAAGGCAAUGGAUAAAGAACAUGUAUGUAUCGUCAAACACGAGAAUAACAAAGGAGGACGUGAUCAAGAGAUUCUUUUUUCUCCAGUUAAAAAAGAGGUCGCUACACAUGCCUGCACGAAAAAAGAAAGUGAUACCCUGCAGCUGCAGUUUGCGAACACCUCUGCCUAUUAUACAUACCUCCUCCUCAUCCUCAAGAGCAUGAUCUACUUCUCCAUCAUCGCCUUCUGUGUGUUUUGGAGAACAGGCAUCUUCAGCAAUGGGAAGAUUUUCUGAUAGACGGUGCCCUAAAAUGGUCAACUCUCCUUCAUCAUCUACAUACUGGGUACAUUUUUCUAUUAUUGUGUACUGGUUUUUUAAACCACUGGGCAAACAGUUUUCCUCUGUAACAAGGAAUUCUGCCAUUAUUCAGGGAAAAUGCCCAGGGCUGGUCCAGGAGAGCCUCUCCCCACCCUGUCCCUACAACCUCGUCAGCUCUUCCAGCCUCCAAGUCCUUGUACCUGCACACAACGGGCAGCUCCCCAUCUCUUUCCUCAGCGCCUCCCCGCAGACCAUCGCCCUGACCCUCCCUGCCACACAUUCUGGGACUGCCAGCUUAGCUACUUGAAUUCUGUACUUUCUGUUUUAAUAAUAGGCAUAAUAAUUAAAAAGAGAAACCAAUAGCAA